UUGUACUGUAGCCUUUAAUCCAUAGGCUUUUUAUGGUUGCGCAGCCUCCUUAGCAGCCUCCUUCCUAAAAGUUAUCUUUUCUGUUGUGGGACACAGCUAUCAUUAUAUUUUGCAAUCAUCUUCAUAGGCAUUUAUUUAUAUAUUUUUUUAAGACUUGAUUUUCAUCUGGUCACCGGGUGUAUGUAGUCUAAUGAUAUGGAAACCUCAAGUGCCAGUCUUGGCAUAGUGAGGAACCUAUCACAAUACAUAGGCUUUUUUCUUGCCUUUGUGUCUGCCAGCUUUCUGAUUGUGGCAACUUGGACUGACUGUUGGAUGCAAAAUGCAGAUGACUCUCUGGAGGUGAGUACCAAGUGCCGUGGUCUUUGGUGGGAAUGUGUCACCAAUGUAUUUGAUGGAAUCACAACCUGCGAUGAGUAUGACUCCAUCUAUGCAGAGCACCCAAUGAAAUUGGUUGCAGCACGUGGUCUUAUGAUAACAGCAGAUAUUCUGGCAGGAUUUGGCUUCAUUUUCCUUCUCCUGGGGCUCGACUGUGUCAAAUUCCUUACAGAUGAAUCACACAUUAAGUUAAAAAUCUGCUAUGUGGCUGGAAUAACACUCAUUAUUGGAGGUGUUCCGGGGAUCAUCGGCUCGGUGUGGUAUGCCAUUGAUGUUUAUGUGGAACGAUCAAGCUUGAUUAUACACAAUGUUUUUUUGGGAAUUCAAUAUAAGUUUGGCUGGUCUUGCUGGCUGGGAAUGGUAGGGUCCCUGGGAUGCUUUUUGUGUGGUGCUCUACUCAUUGCAUCCUAUUACUUUUUUAAAGAAUCAAGAUAUGCAAGGAACCAUUCAUAUUCUUCUAGAAAAACCUAUCUUCGUGCAAGAAGUUCUGUAAGCAAGAUAUAUUCUCCACCUCAGACAGAAACUGCAAAGAUGUAUGCUGUGGGCACAAGAGUGUAAUUUAGCAGAGAAGACACUAUUAAAGGCAAUGGACAGCAAACAGUUAAAGUACCAGGACAACGUGUAGAAAUCCCCAUUAGCACCUGAUUUUAAUGUUGUUUAUUGAUUUUAUGACAAAGAUGAACUGUGAU